GUCCCCCCUCGGCGGCGCGGUGCGGGGCGGGCGGCGCUCCCCGGCAGCGCAGCGGCAUGAAGGAGCCGUCGCUGCCCGGUACCUCGCUGCAGCGGGCCUGCCGCCUUCUUGUCGCCUUCUGCGCACUCCACCUUUCGGCCACACUGCUCUACUACCUGGCGGACAGUGCCCUGGGGCCGCCGGGCAGCCCCGAGCCGCCGCCUCGCCGCCCGCCGCCCGCCAACCUCUCGCUGCCGCUCUCCCGCCCGCCACCGCCUGCCUCCCGCACCCGGUCCUCUCCCGCUUCGCCGCCGCCGCCGGGCCUUUGCCCCGACCCCUCCCCGCUGCUCGUUGGUGCUCUUCGUGUGGAGUUUUCCCAGUCUGUGAACCUGGAAGAAGUAGCAAGAAUAAAUCCAGAGGUCAAAGCAGGAGGUCAUUUUGCUCCAAAGGACUGUAUAGCACUUCAGAAAGUAGCAAUAAUCAUACCAUUCAGGAACCGAGAGGAACACCUGAAGUACUGGUUAUAUUACCUGCACCCAAUCCUCCAAAGACAGCAGCUAGAUUAUGGAGUGUAUGUUAUCAGCCAGGAUGGAGAAGAAGAAUUUAACCGUGCUAAACUGCUGAAUAUAGGAUUCACAGAGGCUUUGAAAGAGUAUGACUAUGACUGCUUUGUAUUUAGUGACGUAGACCUCAUCCCAAUGGAUGACAGGAACACCUACAAAUGUUACAGCCAGCCACGGCACCUCUCUGUAUCCAUGGAUAAAUUCGGAUUUCGGUUGCCUUACAACCAAUAUUUUGGUGGUGUGUCUGCCUUGAGCAAAGAACAGUUCACAAAGAUCAAUGGGUUCCCAAAUAAUUACUGGGGCUGGGGUGGUGAAGAUGACGACAUUUAUAACAGGCUGGUGUUUAAAGGCAUGAGGAUAUCCCGCCCAGAUGCCAUCAUUGGGAAGUGCAGGAUGAUUCGGCAUUCCCGGGACAGGAAGAACGAACCCAAUCCCGAGAGGUUUGACCGAAUUGCCCAUACGAGGGAGACAAUGAACUCUGACGGCUUGAACUCACUGUCCUACAAGGUGUUAAGAACUGACAAGUACCCUCUGUAUACAAAGAUCACAGUGGAUAUUGGCUCACCAAAGAGCUAACAUCAAAGACAAAAGAGAGACCUUGCCUAUUUUGCCCAGGACAGCAGGCUGCCUCACUGAUGCUUUUGAUCUCCUGGUUUUCUAAAAGUUUCAGUGAACAUCAACAACAACAAAAAGGCCUCUUUUGACAUACCAAAGCAUCUUCAAAUGCGUUGGAUGAGCCUUUUUUUUUUUUUUUUUUUUUUUUAGAUUGCAAACGUGACUUUACACAACUUUUUAACUCUUCGUUGUUUUAUAAGUUCGAAAGCUGUACAUAAGAGUUGCACAUAUUUGCAUUACCAGAAAAUGUUGAAUCUGAUCUACUUGCAGCAGUGCUCCCCAUGUUGAGUUAAUUAUUUGACAAAAAUUUUGCUGUGGUGCAUUAGCAGCUGCUUCCCAUGAUAUUUUAGUAUUUUUAAUGGGAUGGAUGAAAACAUUCCUUUUAAUCAAUUACUGGUUUCACUUUAUGAAGGACUGUAAAUUGCUGCUAAAAUCCUACAAGUUUACGCUUUGCAUGAGAUUUUUUUUAAUGGAGACAACAUUGUAUAUUUUUUUCUCAUAGUGACCAAAACAAACAUCAUCUGUGUGUGCAGAUCAAGUGUUAAACAAUCAAGUCUGGUUUCAAUGAAUGUCAUUAUAUCUUUUGGUCUCAAAGGAGGCUCUGAGUGAGUUGGGCCAGAGUUUGCCAGAAUUUGCCAGUGAGCUCUACACACAGGGUGUGAGCUACACAGAUGGCAUCUGCAAAAAGCUUAGGCUUCAGCUAAUUGUACUUCUGGAUGUGGUAGUGACUUUUUGCCUCUGCACAAUAUCACCUGGAUUUGUUUUUUUCAUGUUGGCGAGGGGUGGUAAUUUUGGUUUUCUUUGGUUUGUUGGGGUUGGGAUUUUUUUGUUUGUUUUUUUGUUUUUCUGAAACAAAGAUAAAUUUAAUUGCAUGAUGAAAUUACAGCUUUAAAAUUUGCUGGCACUUGUUAGCAGCAGUGGUGGAGCAUUGGAUCAUUGCCAUGCUGGUUAAAUGUCAUCUGAACCUUCCUAAAAUCAAUUUUUUUUCUUGCAAAGUCAUGCAUAAAACUUGAAUUCACUUAGUACUUCUGUUGUUGUAACAUUUUAAUAACUUUUUAAAGUAAUUUGUAUAUCGUAAGCAGUAUAUUUAAUAAGCAGUUAAACUAGGGUGCAGCAUAAUAGAUUAUGAUUCAAGGCCUCCUUUAUCUUCAGACUAGCAGGCUUUUUAUGGGUGUCAUUAUAAAUAAGCCAUGUAUUAUAUUUGCCCUGCGUAUUCAUCCAUGAAAUCUCCUGCGAUGCUGAGAUACUCACAGCAGGGCAGGCAUCCAGUCGAUUUCUCUUUGCCUAAAGCCUGUUGCAAUGUCUGUCCUCUAUCUGGAAACUAAUUUCUGAUUUUCUCAGGCUUUGAGGUACAUGCAGGUUUUGGAUCGCUACUUUUUGUCAGUGCACCAGGGCACACCCCCCAUACAGACACCCUGCUUUUCCCUCCUGUCACCGAAUGAAAGCCUUAAGCGCUGACACUAUCGGAGCUGGUUUGUGAUUUACAGCUCUCAGCCAGGAAACUGAGAACUCAAUUCCUCCUGGUGAGCACUUUGCUGCCAGCUCUGUCCACAGCAAUUUGCACUUCUUUGGCCUGUGCUGAAGGCUGUUGUAAUCAGGGACGCUCCUUGUAUUGGGGAUCAUCUUCAGCACUGCCUUUUUUUUUUUUUUUUUAACCUUUUUUUUUACUUUUUUUUUUUUUUUUUCUUUUUUUCCCUAGGUGUUUGUGGUUUUUUUUUUACUUUACUUUUUUUUUUUUCCUUUUGGAUGUUGUUUUAUUUUGUUUUCUUUGUUGAGACCUGAAGGUUUUGCUGAACCCUUGCAUUGCAGGGGUGGGAUCCUGCAGUGGCAGGGGCACAGUGCAUUUUUUUCUUAGGCCCGCAGUGGCUGUAGGUAUGCAUGGAGACUUCAAUGACUGGGGAAACACCAGGGUGCUUUUCCAGUCUCGCCUUGAAAAAGCAUUCACACCCUUCUCAUAAAAGCUGUUGCUGGCCAGAUCCACUGCUUUAGUUUUGCUGAGAGCUCGGCAAACAUGGCCUGCAUGGACCAGGAGUGAAGCCGGCAGAAGCAGAGUUGUGUUUUAGAGACACUCGCUUGUGCAUUUUAAAAAAUUACACCCUUUUGGCAGUUUCUUUUCUGCACAUCUUGCAGGUACAAUGGGUACAAGAAGAGGACGUGUUACAGAAGUCAGGUCAAAUGUCUACCUGUAAAAAAAAACCCAUUGGUGUAUCUGUAGCCUGCACCAGUAAUGGAGAUGGAGGCAAGGAUUUUAGUUUUUAUUUUCUUUCUCCAAAGGUGCCUUAGAAGCAGAGACUCUCUCCCACAGGCAGCAGAUAAGCACCAAAACUAGUCUAGGUUUUGCUAAAAAUUGCAGGUCUCUGCAGAAGCACCGUGAUUUUGUGCUGAGCCUUUUGUAAGUUGAAGAGUGGGGACCUUCAGCCAUAGUGGUGUCUGUCUGCUAACAGGCUAUGCAAAGGGUGACUACCUGUCUACCUGUUGUAAUUGAAUGGUUGGUUUUGGGCUGCAUUUUUCACUGCUUUAGUAUUCUCUGAAGAUUAGAAAAAAGUGUAAGAACUGGUUUUGCUGGGUGCUGAAAGCAAUGAGUAUCACAGAGGUGGUCUGAGCACUUGUUCCUGUCUGGUGCAAUCAAAGGUUUCUACACAUGUGCCUUGUAAGAGGAGAGAAAUGGAAACUGGAGAAUCAGGAAAACUUAAAACCAUUUUCAGCAGAGAGACACUAGCAUGCAUGAAACUGUUGCUAAUUUUCUCGCCUGCUGCUGAAGCCACAAGCCAUUUAAAAGCUGAAGCUGCCUCAGGUUGCUUGUUUCACCUUCGGUGCUGACCUGUGAUUUCCAGAUCUCAUUGUCCCUGUGGGAACUGUGUCAGUCAAAAUCACCAAACACUCUUGACUCAACCUGGCCAUGAAAUUUCUCUGCCUGGGAUUUUUUGCAGUGCCUUUUCUGCGAAGGCAUGUGUUGCACAGAAGUGAUUUCUGCCCGUGACCUGUGGUGGGUGGUGAUUUUUCCUCUAGUGCUCCGUUUCUCUAAGAUUAGGUUUGCUUGCUAGGAUGAAAGAAAGUCCUGUCAGGCAGCAUUUCCCUGGGAUGUUAUUUGUGUACCAUGCUGCUUAUGGGGUUCCUGUAGAUGGUUUUGCUUCUGCAUUUUUAUCAUUUAUAAAAUGGAUGUGUAAUCCAGUGUUCCUACUUUACUAUCAAUGUCAAAUAAAGUAUUUUCAGUUACAAA